UGCCCUCUUGCCUCACCCCUUGAACCCUUCACUCCGUCACUUAUCAUCUCUCAAUCAUCAUAUUACUCGCCCAUGGUAACACCAUUCAUGCUUGCACCCGCUCCACACUGCACACGUCAAACUACGCUUGCUUUUCUUCUCGGUGACACGCACUAGCACUUCAAAUCAUACCCAAAACACUCGACACUCCCGCCAAGAUCAACAAGUUCAAAGCAUCCGCCCAUGCGCCUGUCAACCUGAGCCGUCUGCAACGUUUGACACUCGCACUACUUGAUUCUAACCAUCCACCUCCAUAACCCUCUACUUCGUUGGCGUUGUACACAUUCUUUCGAGCAUGGUAAACAUGCAGGCCUUCAAAGGAACUAAUAGACCGUCGGCACGACUGGUCGCAUCCUACAUCUUUGACUGGAUCGUCAUCAUCGCCAUCGCAGCCGUGGCUGCCGGCUGGGAGUAUGUCGAACCCUUCCGCCGUCCUUUCUCACCCGUCGACCUCAACAUCUCAUAUCCCUACCAGACGAGCGAAAUGAUACCCACCUGGCUUCUGGUUGUUGUUUCGCUCCUUGCGCCUGCUGGCAUCAUCAUGGUAGUAUGUCUCAUCUUCGUCCCUGGACCUACGGCCGAGCGCGGAACACCAAAGGCGCUCAUUUGGAGGAGGAAGCUCUGGGAGUGGAAUACGGGAUGGAUGGGCCUGGCGCUUUCACUUGCGACGGCCUUUUUGAUCACUCAGGGCAUGAAGAACUUGUUUGGAAAGCCGAGACCAGACCUGCUGUCGAGGUGCAAGCCAGAUCUUAAUCGCAUCGCCGACUUCGCCGUAAACCCCGUUGUUGGAGAUAUCUUUGAUCCAGCCUGGGUACUCGUCACUUCUGGCAUCUGCACUCAGACAGACAAUGAUCGCCUCAAAGACGGCUUUAAGUCUUUCCCAAGUGGACACUCCAGCUUUUCAUGGGCCGGUCUCCUCUAUCUCACUCUCUUUCUGGCUUCCAAAUUCAGCGUCGCAAUCCCCUUUCUUCCACCCCGUCCUUUCUCAACGAACCCAGCCUACACUUCGGCCGUCACCCCAUCCAACCUCAAGAAGCAAACUACGCUGCCAGUGCACAAGCAAGACACUUCUCUUUCAUCCGCAGCGUACAGCGACGAUGCCGUAGUCCCCAUUCGCUACCAAAAUGCUGCGCCGCCCGUAUACACUCUGGUCCUCAUUCUCGUACCGAUUGGCUCUGCCAUUUACAUUACUAGCACACGCUACACCGACUACCGUCACUUUGGCUUCGACAUGCUGUUUGGCACAUUGAUCGGUGUAACCUGUGCGUGGUUCUCAUUCCGCUGGUACCACCUCCCCGUCACGCGAGGUGCGGGCUGGGCCUGGGGACCACGAAGCUACGAGCGUGCAUGGGGUAUUGGCGUAGGCAGGGGCUCUUACGUUGGCACAGAGGGAUGGAACAAGGCAGGUGCAAGCGCAAGGAGGAGGACAGAUGCCCAAAUGGGUUCACACAGUGUGGACGAUAGCGAGUUGGGCGUCCUGAACCAUAACGGUGUGCCACAUGCUGGAAACCCACCCAGCUCAAGGCCUUCAAGGGGCGGUGCCUCCCGUGAUAUGUAAUCACAUUGUUUGUUUUCCACUUAGGACGUUACAUCAAUUUUAAUGUCAAAACAAGUCCAAUGAAACGCACGGCAUGACGGUCACUCAUUUUCUAGCAGCUCAGUCCGUCUUUACUGCACUUUGUACAUAGAAAAGCAUCAUACCCAUCUGCUUUUACAUUUUUCUCCUAUCGUAACAGUCUGUAAUGUUAGAGAUCACAGCGCUGGCUAUUCUAUCACUUUUUAUGUUGCCAACAUCAACUAUUCACUAUUGACAACCACCCCCUCCUCUGCGCAAAUAUCAAGCGG